AUGACCCAGCCUACUAAACGAAGACGGCUGGACGCGCAGUCAAACCCACCAGAAGAUGACUGUGCUGCUACGGAUCCUUUUCGAUCGGCAACCGUGCAGGAGAAGCAACAAUGGAACGGAUUUUGCGAGAUCGAAUCAGAACCGGCUCUGUUCAACGUAAUGCUCCGAGAAUUUGGGGUGAAGGGGGUCAAGGUCCAAGAAGUGAUUUCCUUGGACGAAGAGAUGAUGGAAUUUCUAAACAAGCCUAUAUAUGGGCUUAUUUUCUUGUUUCGGUGGCGCGAAGAUGACCCAAACAAGCAAGAAGCGAGCUGCCCGGAUGGGUUAUGGUUUGCGAAUCAAACGGCUAGCAAUUCCUGUGCUAGUGUGGCGCUUCUGAACAUUGUCAAUAAUAUCGAAGGAGUUGACCUGGGCGAGAAUUUGCAACAGUUCAAGGACUUUACUAUGCCAUUCACCCCGGCACUGAGAGGGGACGCUAUCAGUAACUUCGAUUUUGUCAAACGGAUACAUAAUUCCUUUGCAAGAAGGAUGGACAUCCUUAACUGCGACCUUUCGCUUAAGCACGAGGCAUUGUCCAGACGAUCAAGUUCCAGAAAGAACGAUCAUGACGACGGCGAGCCAGAUUCUGGGUUCCACUUUGUUGCAUUUGUGCCCGCUCUGGACAGGGUAUGGAAGUUCGAUGGCCUUGAGCGCCAGCCCCAGUCGCUUGGGGACUGCACACCAGACACGGAUUGGCUGGAUUUGGUCAAGUCGGAUAUACUUAAGCGGAUGGCUGAGUAUGAAGAAGGACGGAUCGAGUUUUCCGUCCUAAGUCUUUCAAAAGAUCCGCUUGUCGAUGCAAUCGACCAAUUGGCAAUCAAUGUGCGCAGCUUGGUAAUGGUCAAUCAACGCCUAUCUUCUCUCAACCACAACCCAGGAGACUGUGGCGAACACGCGUUUACUGAUCCUCUCCCUGAGAAUACCCUUCUGGAACCCCAUGCUUCCUACGCGCUGACUAGAGAGGCGAUCGACGAGGCAACAAUCCCUGAGGCCCGACUCGAGCAGUACCGAUCGUGCGGCCCUCAAGAACUCCUCCAACACCGGGAGCAAUUGAGUGCAGCACAGGGAGGGCUCCGAGCUGCCAUUCGGGACGAACAGCAAUCCAAUCAAGCCGACGACGAUUACGCAGCGGGGCGGCGGUAUGACUACGGCCCUGCUAUUCGCGCGUGGGUGCGGUUGUUAGCCCGGAAGGGCACGAUGGAGGACUUGACUUAG